ACUUAUUGAUGGAUUCGGUGGAAGAAGCUGAUUCUGCAGGGGAGCUUACAACUAGUCCUCAGACGCACCUUCCCAAACAGCCUUAAUACACCUGGGUAUCAUGUCAAGUGCACCUGCCCUGGCCGUUUUCAGACGUGCAUAUUGCCUACGUGUGACCCUGGUUACCCAUAAAGUAAAGGUUCGAGCAAGGUUUCUAACUCAAGACAGCACCCGCCUGAUGAUCCAGAGUCGAGGAGACUCUGACUUCCUCUUGACGGGUCGUCUUUCAAUUUGCCAAGAAGCUCCCAUCUUCAAUCUGGGAAGGCUGCUGCUGCUGGUUGUGAAGGAGCUGCCAAUGGUGUCUCGCAGAUUCACCUGAACCACCGCGUACGGCCGAGGUCCUUUCCCACUUUGAGCAGGCCAAACAAUAAAAAACAUUGACAUACACACCACCCCUUCACCCGUCGAUUUCAGAGAACUCAAGACCCCUGGCCAGCCUUGGUCCUUGUCAAGUGCUGCAGCAUCCUCUCACUUCCGGACGGACAGCAAGUAUUAUUGUGCACACUAGUCGCGACAAUUUG